UGUCACAAAGGGAAUGCUGGUGCACGCUGACGUAAACCUGCCGCUGGGCAACCGAACAAUAUUUUCAAACGUUAUCAGUAAACAGUUUCCAGCCUCACAUCUCCUCGGAGUCAGCGUUUCGACAGCUUGUUAGCACCGACCGUCUUACGGGAACAUGGCCACUGCUGCGACCCACCGAAACUGCCAAAAAGAGAUGACAGAUAAAGUGACAGCAAAGCUUAGCUAUAAUGGACAACCAGGUGCUUAUGAAGAACAAACCUGCAGUGUUGAUACUGAUCAUCUCCAAGUGUCCCAUGUAGAUAGAGAACCUAAAUAUAGUAUCAUGAUGGACUCCUUGAUGUUUUCUUAUCAGGGUAAUGGUGUUGCUUCACUUCCUCUAUCAAGACCAGAUAUUGCAGGUAACUGUUCAGUGCCCACCAUGACAACAGUAACUGUCCAGUGUGAUUCCAUAGGUGUUAUGCCAACUUCACCUAAAAGGAUUCCAGUCAUUUCUAACUUUAUGGUUAGCAAACCAGCUUUGCAGUCUCCAGAACCUGUAAUAUUUAAUGAAGAUGCUAAGAGGCAAAAACACAAAUCUUCAUUUUUUCAAUAUGAGAUGCUUAAAAAAAUUAGAAGGUCAAUUGCCAAUGCAUUAUGUUGCUUGAUUCCACAAGAGUCAUGUAAAGAAAUGCAUCUUGUUGAUGCUUGCAUGAUGAAAGACCCUUUAGAAAUAGAUCAUAUGCAAAUAGGAUAUGCAAAGACAAUUCCAUUGGAGUCUGUCCCUGAUCCUAUUCCUCAAAAGAUGCCCCAUGAACAAAAGGAAUAUGCAUUGAAGAUAAGAUGCAGGGAGGAAGAAUGUUCUGCUUCAUGCACUGCAGUAGCUUCUUCACAAUCAUCUUUGCAGCAGGCAGAAAAUGUAUCAAAAACUUCAGCUAGUGAACCUCCUUCUGUUCCAUACAAAGAUCAUGAGUUUACAGAUUACCUUCCCAGGGGGCUAGUUCUGCGGAGAAUUCCUGGAUACCUAGAUCUGACCAGAUUGUUUACAUCAGAAGACAGUGAAGCUACAGAAGAUGAGUAUAAAGAGCGCCCACAUCAAACUUGUAUGGAACAAGAGCCUACAGUUUAUAUUCCCAGGGGGGGUGUUCUGCGGAGAAUACCGGGACACCUAGCUAUACCUAGAUGGUUAACAUUAGAAAAAGACGAAGCUACAGAAAGCAGUAAUGAAGAGCUUUCAUAUCAGACUGGAAUGGAACAAGGACCUAAAGAUUACAUUCCCUGGGGAUGUGCUCUGCAAAGAAUGCAUGGACACAUAGACCUGCCAAGAUUUUCCCCAUUAGAAGAAAGUGAAGCUAAGGAAGAAAAUUAUGAAGAGUCUAUAUAUGGAUUUGCACCUGCUAAACAAAUGAAUAUGCACUGUAUACAAACAGUGGAAAUGAAUGAGGCCAGUUUUGUAGAGGCUACAGCUCACGCAACUGAACAGUGUGCAGUUGAAGAGGCCACAACUGGCUCAAAUUUACCAGCAGCAGUAAAGCAUAACAAUAAUAAUCAGUCCAACUGUUAUGAAAAUGAGAAAUGCAUCGUUAAUGACAGUGAAGAUCCAGCAUCCCUUGUGGUUAGCGAACCUAGUAUCAUUGUUAUAUAUAGACGAUCAGAUAGUCCAGAUGAAGAGGGGACAUGCAAUGAUUACAGUGAAGACCUAGUAUCCUCCACCAUCACAAGUAAAUAUUAUUAUAGUAUCUUGACAAAUCCCCCCAUACCUUUUACAAAUCCCCCUGUAGAAAUUUCUGGCAUCCUUGGAUCAAGGCCAGAUAUUCCAGAUAAAGAUUAUCAAAAAGAAACAUGUAGUGUUGAUAAAAGAGAAGGCACAGAGACUCCUGUUAGCACUGUUAAAUGUUAUUAUAGAAUCUCACCAGAUCACCCCAUACCUUUUUCACUUCACCCUGUAGAAAUUUCUGUCCUUCCUGAACAUAGACCAGAUAAGACUUAUGAAGAGGAGACAUACACUGUUACCGAUAAUGAAGAUCCAGCAUUAGAUGUAGUUAGAGAACCAAGCAUCACUAAUGUAUAUAAGGACAGAUUAUUGAUAGAUUACCCAGUAUUUUCAGUUCAGCAUGAAGAUAUUUAUACCCUUUCUGGAGCAGUUAUCCAGAAUAUCUGGCCCACCAUAUCAUCACCAUCAGAUCAGUACCGUGCUGUAACUGUAACAUCAUCUCCCACUGAACGGAUACCCAGUAUUCCUAAAUUAACGGUUAAUGCACAUGUUUUACAGCCUGCAGAAUCAGGACUGUCUAAUGAAGGUAUUAACAGAUGGCAACGACUAUCUUAUUUUUUUCAUUCCGAACUGUUACAAAGAAUUAGGAGGUCAUUUGUCCUUGCAAUAUCUUACUUGAUUCCAUGUAUGCCAUGCAAAAAGAAGAAGGCUGCUGAUGCUUGUAUGACAAACUGUCCUUCACAAACAGAUCAUGUGCAACUAGAACAUGCAAAGGUGACUCCAGUGGAGUCUGUUGCUACUCCCUACAUGACUGUUUCUCAAGAGAUGCUCCAUGAUCAAAUGGAUUAUGUAGUGAAGAAAAUAGAAUGUUCUGCUUCUGGUAUUGAGGCAGAUUCUUCACAAUCAUCUUUGCAACAAAUAGUAAAUGUAUCAAAGAUUUUAGCCAAUGAGUCUCCUUCUGCUCCUUAUGUAGCUACACAGUAUCAGUCGGCUGAAACCUGUGCAACUAAAUUUCAUCAGAUAUCUUCAUUAACAGAUACUGUGCCAAAAGCAACUCAAAGUUAUGCUUGUACAUCACACAAGACAUUGUAUAAACUGCCCAAAGACUCCUCUCUGCAUUGUGUCCAGGCAUUGGGAGACUCAUGUCAAAACUUACCAACUAGUCAGAUAUGUAGCUAUAUGCCUGCAAAACAAACGGAUCAGCUAUCAUCACACACAGGACCAUUGAAGAAUGACUACAGAGAGUGAGAAGGAAAGGAAUAUGUUCAACUCUAUCUUCAGUUAUUCUCAAUUCCUGCAAUUUUCUGUAUCUGUUUUUCUUUUUUAAAUAUCUGCGAAGACAUUUUUUGUGUUUUAA